UAAAAAAGGGAUUUACUUUGUAUAUAAGGAGGAAGCACAUGAACUUUUUGAGUAAAUAUUCCCAGGCAUUAAGUGUGAAGAAGUGUCCUCAAACAUCGAUGGGUCUUCCUCUCCUGUCCUUCUCCAGAGUAUGGACCCAGUGAACGGUCAUCUUCCUAAGGAAAUGUAGGAGAUAUAAAAGGCAUAGCUAGAAAACUUAAAAAAAAAAUAUCUUAUUUGCAAAGAGUAAUGCUCACCUAAGGGUCAUUGUGCAGAUCAUUGUGUUAACACAUAUGAAGUGUUUAGAGCAAUACAUAGUAAGUGCUUUCUGUUUGCUUUUGUAUCAUGAGUUAAUAUGUAGCACAAUUUCUAAAAGGUAAUUCUGAGCAUAACAUACUUUUGUAUAUGAAAAACACUGCAGGCGCACCUGGCUGGCUCGGUUGGAAGAGCAUGUGACUCUUGAUCUUGGGGUCAUGAGUUCAAGCCCUGCAUUUGGUGUAGAGAUUACAUACAUAAACUAACUUAAAAAAAAAGAAAAAAGAAAAACACUAUAGUGUCUACCAAGUGUCUAUAGGAAAUGUAAACACUUGCUCCAAGGUCUGUUGCUGCCUGUGCCCAGGGCAUCUGUUCUCUUUGGCCUCUUUUGUCUCGCUGAACUUUUUGCAGUUUCUUGAAGCCAGUAUGGUACUUAACACUUUUUUUUUUUAACUUUAUUUAUUUUGAGAGAAAAAGAAAGGGCACAAGCAGGAGAGGGGGAGAGAGAGGAUCCCAAGCAGGCUCAGCGCUAUCAGCACAAAGCCCAACUUGGGGCUUGAACCCACGAACUGUGAGAUCAUGACCUGAGCUGAAAUCAAGAGUCAGCUGUUCCACUGACCAAGCCACCCAGGCUCCCCAGGAUUUAACACUUUGAACUCGUCCUCCCUUUGGAAGACCCAUGGCCCCCACCUCUUCUAGCUCUUACUGUGGGACACACCACUGAACAUACCGGAUGUAGCUCUAGCUUGACCACUUCUUCAGGACUGUUAUUUCUCCACCUACUUGUGCCCAUGUUUUAACUUGAGUAUACUUCUGUCGUAACCCUUAAACCAUAAUGUCUUCCCAUAUGUCAACUCUGUCAAGGAGUGUACUUGCCACUCUGCACUAUCAGAAGCUACAUGAAGGCUGGAUUAUGCUUUAUUUCCUUUUUUAGUGCAUAUGUGUUCCUAUUACAGGCUUAUUGUCAUUCAGUGAUGUGGCUGUGGAUUUCACCUGGGAAGAAUGGGAGCUGCUAGAUACUGUUCAGAAGAACCUCUACCGGGAUGUGAUGUUGGAAAAUUACAGCAACCUAAUGUCAUUGGGUUAUCACGCUCCCUGGCCAGAAGCAACGGUUCACGUGGAGAAAGGAGUGCAAGGACUGGUAGAGAGAGAAUUCCCAAGUUCGUGUGGUCCAGAAAGACCCCUUCAGUGUUUCUCAAGAGGAAUACGUUUGAAACAAUAUUCAGAUUCAAAACUUCAGAAUAAAAAUUCUGCAGAAAUGAAUUCCAAUGAAUUAAGUGGCCAUGGGAAAUCAUUUUUCCAUACCCUACAUGAAACCUGCCAUACUUCAGCCCAGUACAGUGAACAUAAUUUCAGUGUGAAGACUUUCAGCACGGUGAAAAAUCUCAAAAGACAUCACAGAAUUCACACAGAAGGAAAACCUUAUGAAUGCAGUGAAUGUCCCAAAUCCUUCAGGUAUAAGUCAAAGCUCAUAAUACACCAGAGAACUCAUACAGGAGAGAAGCCGUACAGAUGCCCUGAAUGUCAGAAAGCUUUCAGUACAAAAUGUCAUCUUACUCUGCACCAGAGAACUCAUACAGGAGAGAAACCGUAUGGAUGUUUUGAGUGUCCAAAGUCUUUCAGAACAAAGUAUCAUCUCAUUUUACACCACAGGACUCACACGGGAGAGAAACCCUACGAAUGCAAAGAAUGUGGCAAAGCCUACAGAGAGAAGACAAAGCUCAGGUUGCAUUACCGCACACACACAGGAGAGAAACCUUUUGAGUGUAGUGACUGUGGGAAAGGUUUCAUGCAGAAGUCAAACCUACUUAUCCAUCAAAGAACUCAUACAGGAGACAGACCCUAUGCAUGUAAAGAAUGUGAAAAGACCUUCUGCAGUAAGUCUCAGCUUGUUGUUCACCAGCGAACUCACACACGAGAAAAAUCGUACGAAUGCAAGGAAUGUGGGAAAGCCUUCAGUAAAAACUCACAUCUCCUGACACAUCAGAGAAUUCAUAUAGGAGAGAAGCCUUAUGAAUGCAAUGAGUGUGGAAAAGCUUUCGUACACACAUCACAGCUCACUGUACAUCAGAGAAAUCAUACAGGAAGAAAACCUUAUGAGUGCAAGGAAUGUGGGAAAGCCUUCAAUAAAAAGUCACACUUCAUAACACAUCAGAGAAUCCAUACGGGAGAGAAGCCUUAUGAAUGCAGUGAAUGUGGAAAAGCAUUUAUAGACAACUCCCAGCUUAUCGUUCAUCGAAGAACUCACACAGGAGAGAAACCUUAUGAGUGCAAGGAAUGUGGGAAAGCCUUUAAUAAAAAGUCAUCCCUCAUAACACAUCAGAGAAUUCAUACAGGAGAGAAGCCUUAUGAAUGCAGUGAGUGUGGAAAAGCCUUCAUAGACAAGUCACAUCUCAUUGUCCAUCAGCGAACUCAUACGGGAGAGAAACCCUAUGAAUGCAGUGAGUGUGGAAAAGCUUUCAUACGAAAGGCAAUGCUCAUUGUCCAUCACAGAACGCAUACAGGAGAGAAACCCUUUGUAUGUCUCGAAUGCCAGAAAGCCUUUAGCAGUAUGGCAAUGCUCAGUAGACAUCAGUUGAUUCACACAGGAGAGAAACCCCAUGGAUGCAAUGAAUGUGGAAAAGCUUUCCGCCAAAAAAGCCAUCUUAUUAUCCAUCAACGGUGCCAUACUGGAGAGAAACCCUAUGGGUGUGUUCCAUGCGGUCAGAUCUUCAACCAGAAGUCACAGCUCAUUAGACAUCAGAGACGCCACCACACAGGAGAGAAACCAUAUCAGUGCACUCAAUGUGGGAAAGCCUUUUUUGAGAAAUCAUACCUCAGUGUUCAUCAGAGAAGUCACGUGGGACAGAAACCUUAUCACUGUAAUGAGUGUGGGAAAACAUUCUCUGUCAAGUUCUUUCUCACUUCACAUGAGGAAAUUCACACAGGAAAGAAAUCUCGGGAACACAGCGCUGGAAAGACUUUAGUGAAGGGCCAGAUCUCACAGAAUACAAAAGAAUCCACACAAAGGACACCCUCUGAAUGCAGGGAAUGUUAGGAUAAUUUUGGUCUUUGUCAGUUCCAGAAAACUUAUCCAGGAGGGACCUUUUAAAUGCAGUGAA